UUGAAAGGCUACAAUUGGGGGAGGAGGGGGGACGAGCAAAAUAUGUGCUAUUAAUAUAAAUUAAUUAGUGUGGACCAAUUAAUAUGUAUCACACAAUUAAAAGAACUUCGAUGUCUACAUUGCUAAAAACAAACCAGUGCAGUGACUGAGAUAACAGAAUUAGUGAAAUUUAUACAAGCGCACACUCACAACAUAUAUAGAGACUGAGACACCAUAGUGCCGAGUGCUAUAAUAAUAGCGUUAGUGUUCGUGUGCCGGUCAAACUAGCCAGUUCGUUUAUUGAGGUGUGGAUAAAAUAUACAGCAUUUGCUUCUAGUUACUGAAAAAUAUAUUCAUCUGAAUGAUAUAGGAGGAAACAAUUUAAUAUAUACAAAUUUUCCAAAUAAAAAGAGCCUUCAUUGUCAAAUUGGUAGACAAGCACAGUUAGAACUAAGAAACAGAACAUUGGAUAUUGGUAAAAUAUGUAAGAAGCAAAAUACACAAAAUACGUAAAAAAUGAGAAAACAAGUGCAGUGACUGUGAAAAUAGAAUUGGUGAAAUUUGUACAUAAACACACACACUGUAUAUGUACAGAUUGAAACGCUGUAGUGCCGGUACUGUGAUGGUAGCAUCACUCUUUGUUGGCUAGUCUAACGAGCCGGUUCGUGUAUUGAGGUGUGGUUAAGAAAUAUAGUAUUUGCUUUUAGGAGAUCAUAUCGACUUUUAUCUGUUUAAAAUUAUAUGAAAAAAAAAAACAAUUCGUUGUGUUUUAUAUAAUAUUCUGCAAUUGAUGUUCGAAGGAAAAGGGGGUAUCGGCUUGUGUUGUGUAUAUACCACCGUUUGUUCAGACGAAAUCCUUUUAGUUCAGUGAUAUUUUUUGUGCAAUGCUUUCUAAAAAAAAAGUAUCGAAAUAGAACUGAACAAAAACAGUAAUUGAUUAUCAGAUAUAACCUAACAUUUUUUUCAUCACUGUUUUGGCGGUAAAUAGCGCAUAGGUUCUUCUUUUCGUCAGCGUUUUGACGGACAAUUCAGAAUAUCACACAUAAUACAGAAAUUAUGAGGCACGCGUAUAAAAUUGUGCUUUUUCCCGACGAUGUGGAAAACAAAUUGAGCGUAGACGUGGUACCGUCUACGUGGAUAUUCGAAUCAGAAAAGCACGAGAGCAAAAUGUGCCAUUUCCCAGUGGGUCCUUUCACAGCAAAAUCCAUUGCACAUUUGCACAAAAUGGUUAAAAAUCGUGAUUCUGCUGAUAAAUCGUGGCCAGUACAUCGAGUGCUGAUAAAUGGAAGAGCACAUACAUAUGCAGAGGCCUGUAAAGCAGCGGAUAAACUACAUUAUGAUCAUUUUGCGUUUUCAACCGACCGAGAGUCAUCAGUAGAGAGGAUCUUCACUCAGGAAAAUCGACUAUCUAUAAGUAAGAAGCCAACAAAACAGUCUGUUCAAGAAGAACUUAACGAUGCUUCAUUCGAUAUGGCGUCGGUUAAUGCUGACCAAAAUAAAGAAAAUGAAUCGAAUUCUCGUGCAAAGACAUCAAGUGAAAAUUCUGGAUCAUCACCCGGAAAAGAAAGAGUAACAACUACUGAUUCCAGUUCAGGUGAAUCACCUAGACAACCAAAAAGAAAGUCUGUAAAUCGUAAGAAGAGGAAUUUUAAUCCAGAAUCCAGAUCGUUUAAAACAAAACCAACUGAAAAGGAGAGACCUGCUCAGUUUCAACCUUCCGAGAAUUCGAAAAAAAGAUCGUAUUCGUCAAGUUCCGACUGUUCACCAACUUCAACGAGUUCAACGACAUCAGUGACCACGAGGAACACUAAACGACGUCGCCUCUCGCCGUCAACAGAUAUUGCACCUCAAAAUUCAAGUAGAUCGAACUCUACGUCACCUCUUCCUCCCCCUAAUCGAACAUCAAUUGAUACUCGUAGGCGUUCACGUUCCACCGAGAAAACCUCAGCAAAUUGCAAAAAUGACCCGCUAUCAUUAUCGAGAACCAUAAAACGUCGUUCAUUCUCAGCAGAUAUGUCUCGAAAAGAUACUGAAAAAAUGAAUGACGCUUCUCCUGCACUCCAAAGAUCGCAAUCAAUAGGAGAUCAAUCAAUAGAAGAACAAGAGGAAAGAGAAGAAGACUACAGUUUAGCUAACGUCGUGAAAAUGCUCAGAAGAGUUCACGCUAGUUUGUCGUCUAAAAUCGACAGAACCUAUGGAAAGACUGUUGAACUGACCGGGAGAAUUAAUGAGAUGAAGGUGCACUCUCAUCAGCAAGUACCUGACGCCGAGGAAUUUGAUGUAAUUGAGCCAAUUCAACUGCCUAUAGAUACGAAAGAAAAUUUCAACCUUUUUGACACUAAAAUUCUAGAAGACGCAGGAUACAGGCAGAGAAUUAAAAAUCGUGUCAAGUAUAUGAUUCCUAAAGAUCGAACUUAUGAUACCCAUCACCUUUCUACUAUCCUGCGUAUAUAUUUGAAGAAGGAGCUCGUUUUAGCAACGUUCACUAGUGUAAGAGCCAAGAAUGAGAAAAUCCCUUUAAAAGACACAAACUUCUACAAAUGUCUACUAAGUGUUCAUAUGCGUCUCCUGGGUGAGACUAUGAGUGAACAAAAAUUCAAAGUUCAUUUAAAAGCGUCUUUAAAUUCAGCGAAGGACUGGGAUGGUGGAAGAGCAUUCCGUCGUGGUUGAAAAACAAGUCGACCAAUAUUUAAAUUCAGGAUGAAAAUUUUCAUAAAGAAGACAGAAGAUUUAUUUGGGUUGUUUUUUAUUUUUUAUCAACUUCUCGAUAAGAAGUUACAAUUUUUUUUGUUUUGAAGGAAUUUCAAGUUUAUUUCAUUUAUUAUUACUUAAUAUUUUCUAUGAUACUGAUGGUUAUUUUUAAAUAUUCUGAUUGUUUAAUAAGUGCUUGGCACAUAGAGAAAAAAAGGGAAGAUCUGAUGAUUCUGUUACCAUUUUGAUAUGCUUAAUUACUUCAA